GUUAUAAUUGUAUAUUACUCUUAUAUAUAGUUUAGUCUUCUAGGUAAAGUUCACAAGUAAGGCAAGAAAAGAUCAAUAAUCUGCCAUCCAAUGAACAAAGCCACAAACUGUUAUGUGCUAGAAUAUUUGUAAUUUAUCAGGCUGAAAAAUGGCAGCUUUUUCUCUGAAUAUUCAGAAACAUGUAGAACCAAGUCUUGUAACUUCAGGUAAAUUCGACGGUUCCCAUGCUUGUUUAGCGGCUGCAACAUAUGGUGGAAAUAUUUUGGUGCACAGUCCUCACAGGCAACCACAAAUAACCGAUCAUGACCACGAGCAGUCCGAUAGAAAAUUAUCUUGGAGCGGAGAGCUCGCUGAGCUUAAAAUAGGAAGUGAGAUUAUUGCAUUAUGCACUGGCCGACUUAAUGAAGAUGAGAGAGAUAUUCUUCUAAUUGGAACUGCAUCUCAUAUUCUGGCUUAUCAUAUAGAAGACAAUUCUGAUAUUUUUUAUAAAGAGAUGUCUGAUGGUGCAAGAUGCAUACUCAUUGGCAAAUUAAGUUGGCUUCCAAAUCAAGUUGCAAUCGUUGGUGGCAAUUGUUCUGUAACAAUUUUAGAUUCGCAAGGCAUAGAAAUAUUUUGGACAGUGGUAGGAGGAAUUGUUAGUUCAUUAGCUGUUUUUGACUUCGAUGGAGACGAAGAAAACGAGUUGAUCGUUGGAACGAAGGAUUUUGAAAUAAAGGUGUACAAGAAAGAUAAUUUGCUUUGGGAUGCCAAAGAAACAGCUUCCAUUACCACUUUAAUCGGUCUACCUCAUAGAAGAUUUGUUUAUUCAGUAGGAAAUGGAACUCUUGGUGUCUAUGAAAUGGCUCAAAGAUUAUGGCGUGUCAAGUCAAAGCACAGAGUAGUAGUUACAAGGAGCUUUGAUUUGAACGGAGACGGUUCACUGGAAGUCAUAACCGGUUGGAAUAAUGGAAAAGUAGAUGCGAGAUUAUCCAAUAAUGGAGAAGUAAUUUUUAAAAUUCAAUUAUCCGCUGGAAUAGCUGGAAUUGUGGAAGCUGAUUACAGAAGAAUCGGCAAAUCCGAUUUAGUCAUAGUAUCUUCUACUGGAGAAGUGCGCGGUUAUAGUUCUGGUUCCACAAUGGAUACACCAGAACCAGGUGAAGCUAUGCGUGAUUUGUUAGCUAAGAAACAAAUACUUCAAAUGGAAAUUAGGCAGAGAGCUGCAUCAGUUCCAAAUAUGUAUCAUGGAACAAAAUUGGCUGUUAGCUUGAUGAGUGCUGAAGGUGCGGCUCGUGUUGCCCUUGCUUCGGGACCUGGUCUCCUUAUACAUUGUGCGAUAGUUUUCACUGAAGGCGUGUUCGAAGGCGAAACUUUGGUGGUUCAUCCCAGCAGACCUAAAGGAGAACUCGAAAUAGAGCUUCGUCCUCCUAAGAAUAAUCCUGUGGAUCUCCAUGUGAAAGUAUGCGUUGGUCCAGCUGGUGCAGAUCUACUACAGGUGUUCGAAAUGACACGUCAAUUGCCUAGAUUUUGUAUGUACCAGAUUAUUGAGAAACCUCAACAAAUUCCAGACGAUUUUACGAAAAAUAGCGUCACAGCUGAGCUCGCAGAAAGGCCUCAAAGAAUCGCCCUUUGGUUGAACCAAAGCCUCAUCCUCCCUGAAGAAUUUGAAAUUAAAGAGGACAAGCCAAAUAAUGGAAACAUGGAGAUAUGGCUUCGAGGAAUGAGAGAUAACAAAAUUCAUUGUUUCAUGGUAGACGCAACUGGAAAAUUAACUAUCCAAACGGAGGAUUCUACAUUUGCUGGCGAUAUUAUUCAAUCUUUAGCUCUAUACUUGGGCCUCAGAGAACUUUCUUCCGAGGUCUCGUUUCCGGCUGAAGAGAAGAAAUUGUUGAACGCUCUGGAACGUGUCAAAGAGCUAAAGGAAAUCGAUGCUAAACUGCAAGCGGAGACAGCCAAUGAGACUACUUUAUUGAAGAAUAUUAUAAUCCGUCUGGAAGAUGCGAGAAUUCUCGAGAAUAUCGACGAAAUGAGAAGAAGACUCGUACAAUUGAAAAAUGUUAACGCUGAUCUAAUCAAGGAACAUGAAAUCAGGAUGAAGAGUUAUCGCGAAUUUACAGCGAAUUUAAAGGAGCUUAAUCUUGGAGUUCAACGUGCAGCUAGAUUAAGAGGUAAUAUUUAUAUUGUUUUCUUAUCUUUUUUCAGAAACUAUUAUUUGAAUUUUUCAGUCGGAAAAAGUGCCUCGAAUACCGUAGCCAAUUGCAGAGCUGCGAUCCAAGAUGAAAAUUCGAAAGCUCUCGUGAUUGCAAUAAGGCAUGGAUGAAUUUUAACAUUUAUAAUAUUCAUAUUAAUGAAUAUUAUUUUAUACAAACUUUAUUUUUUUUUACGUUUAUUAUACAUAUUCAAGAAAUAACAGUAAUAAGAUCAUUCACAAGAGAAAGUAUUAUAGAAAGUAUUAAGUAUUAUAAAUUGUAGAUCUUAUUAACUAUUUACAGCAAGAUCAAAAUUUGAGAAAGACUGUUCAUUCAAAGAUCUAUAUUUUAAAAAGGAGAUGUAAAUUGACGAACUUCAUUGACUUACAUCAAAUUUAAACAAUUUCAAAAAAUAUAUCUCAAGAUAUAAUACGUUACAACGGAAAUUGACAAUAAACAGUCAACAAUUUCUAAAACACGAAGAAUUAGAGCACAAACUUCUCAUCGAGGUACACAAAUUGAACUCUGAGGUCUCUUUUAGUCAAUGAAGCGUUCCUCGAACUGAUAUACUGAAUCUUCUUUUGAGAGGUAUAGGUGAUGGACGUCGAAGAGCGUCCAAUGUUCCAUCGGUGGAAGCUCUCACCCUGAAGGAAUUCGUUUGCUGGCCAGAAUUACCAGGCAAUUCCGUCAACAGUUUGAAGAUGUCUGUGAAGACGGCCAUGACCUGUCGAAUAAAAAUAAUCGGGCCAGUCUGUUGCUAUCGUUACAUAACCCCGUCGAGAUUAUCUUAUUAAGCAGCUAUCACAAUUAUACUUUACAUAUUUUUCUUUCAUAAUCUACUUUAAAAACCGUUCGUAUUAUCACUCGCCAUUUUUUCAUUCGUACCUCGUGCCGUGGUUUGCGACACGUGUAGAAUCAUCGAUCUCGUUUUCUCGUUUUUCCUUCACUUUCUGUGUUAGAUUCCUUCUUAAUAAUAUAAUAAACUGCAGUGUAUAACGAUUUAAAGGAAAUUCAAAUUGAAAGAUAUAUAUAAUUACGAUUCUAAAUUAAUCUUGAUAUAAAAAUUUAAUUUUAUAUUGAAUUUAUCUUUUGCUUAUACUGUUUAUUUCUAAAAAUUUAUCAAAUUAUCGUUUAUAUAUAAAUUUUAUCUUCUAACAAAUUUUCUAAAUUCUAUAACUUUUAUUACAACUUCUUUAAACGAACCAAUAGAAACAGAUAAAUUUCUAAAAUAUAUAUACACACGAGACGUUAAUACCUAAUUAAUAAUCUUUCCAAACUUCAUCCAUAUCUUUUCAAAAUAAGAAAAGAAAAAAAAAAAAAGAAGAAAGAAGUGCAAAGUGUAAAGAAAUGUGAACAAAUCCUAAUCUUACGUCCAGAGGCCGUAAAUAGUUGUGGUCCCACGAUUAAGUCCAAGCUUAGGGGUAAUUAAUUGUGAAACAAAUUUUUAAUUACGGCACAUUUACGAUACCGAUAACACGAUCGUUGGAAGAUGCUCCGGCGGUAUCUCUCUUGCGUUCCGCUCGUUCCAUGAUACAGAUUUUGUUUACCACUGCUUGAUCACGCGUAAACGCCAUGACCGGUUUCCCAGAGGAGUAAACAAUCGUUUUAGAAAAAUAACGAAGAUUAGGUACGGUCGCGAGACAAAGCUUGAAACGAUCGAGCCGCCAAAACUCUGACCGCUCCUCCUCUUUUCUGCGCCAUCCAAAUAGGCGAGCAAUGGCGGAAGAAGAGGGGCAUCUUCAGCCAGCUGAGAGAUUUCCAAUCGAGCAGACUUUCUUUCGCGAUCGAUGACGUAUAUUCGCGUAUACGUCAAUGAUUCUCAAUGUCUCUUCGUAUCGAGACUUCACGAAUAAUUCAACUCGUUUCGCUGAUAAUGAAAACGUUUGGGUCUGCUUGUCUACCAGAAGCUUUCGUAGCCGAUGACGUGAUGUUGUGUCUGGCUGUGGCGAAUUUUAGAAAAUGUUACGACGAAGUGUUUUCGUUUUGCAUUGUCAUCAUUUGGGAUUGUAAAAGUAUUUGAAUCUUUAGAGAAUAUUUAAUUUCGAAGGAAUGCAAUCCAUUUGUCUUGGCAAGCCUUUGUAUCUGAUUUUUGGCAAAUUUUAAUACAUAUAGGGCAUAUCGUUGUUAUUGUAAGAACAUUUAAUUUUGAUAAAAUUUAAAGUUUGCAAUCGUUAGUUUUCGUGACGAUUGAUUACUCUGUCUGAUUGUCACUGGCAAAUUUUAGAAAGUCGAGGAAGUGUAGCGUUAUCAAUUGUUAUCUGAGAGAGAUAGGAUGUUUUAAAUAAAGUAUUCGAAGAUUUUGAGAAUGUUUGAUUUUAAAGGCUUGCAAGAUAGAAGGAAAUGGGUUACGAAAUGGAUUUGGCAAUUAAUCUUUUAUGCAAUAAAUCUGUUGCAAUUGUUUACCUUAUAGCCAUUAGAUGAUAAUUUACACGUCGGAUAGCCUGUGUCUUAGCCCUUGCCACUUAAGGUUAGAUGUACGAUGUCAGUGUUAGCGUUACGUCAAAAGCUUGUUGUUUUAUCGUGUCAACGACUGUUGAUUUUUCCAAAGUGAACGACCUAACGCUAUGUCAUCACGAAUAUUAUGACUAUGACUCGAAAAUAGCAUUAUAUCAUGUUCUGUUAUUAAAUGUUUUAUCUGCAUUAUUUUA